CGUUCACUUUUAGCAUUGCGUCAUCUCUGACCUAUCCAAUUGGAUCGCAACAGUCGAGUUUAUGGUGGCAUUCAAGAACGAAAUUUGUGUGUCAACAGCGAGAAGCAGCCUGAAAUCAUUGAUAAGAAAACAAAGCGAAUACCCUGCAACUGACGGUGAUGGCACCCAAAAAUAAGGAAAACUCCGGGAACCCGUCGAAAAAGUCGAAACGAGCAAUUUCUGAAGAAGAUGACGACGACGACUACAGGCGAAGACGAGAUCGUAACAAUCAGGCAGUAAAGCGUUCAAGGGUAAAGAGUAAAUUGCGAACGCAGCAAACUUUGGAGCGAGUUAACCAGCUGAAAACAGAAAACGAAUUGUUGGAGGAGAAGAUCAAGAUGCUAACCAAGGAGCUCGGAUUUUUGAAAGACCUGUUUUUGGCCCACGCAGGCUCCAGUCAACACCCAAUCAAUAUUCAGGACCUAGAUUUGAACGCGUUACUGUCAGAAGAUACGAAGUCUUCCGACGAUGUAAAACCAACAACAAAGCUGUAGGAUUGAGGACCAAUUCACGUGACUAUAUCAAACUUGGGGUAUUGGCACGGCCGUGCUUUAAUUCUGUCUGAAAUUACAUCCAAACAGACAGCGGUUGGUCCUUUUGAUUCGGUGAGAAGUUAAGAGCCUUUUCCUCUUCCUCGCCCUCUUUUGCCAAUCCUGCCGCUCUAUGAAAAUAUUUUUGUUUAUUUAUGUCUAUCUUUAGUCAACGCUAAUGCAAAAAACCACCAUUUUUUGAACUUAUCAUGUAAAUCGACAUGGGAAAGGGAGCGUCUCUCUUCUCACUGUUGGUGUUAGAGAUCUCCUUGAGAAUCACUCCUCAUUGCACUAACAGUUCGAGCGUGAUUCCAAACCUUGUAUUACAAUGAAGAGAUUAGGUUGGGCACAUUCUAAACGAACUGUGUGCCCCUCAAAAACACAUUACACCUAAAUCUGCCGUCGAUGCUGCAGGAAAGUAUUUUUAUACGGAGUGCAACAUGAAUUGCAACUCUGCCUAUGUUCCCAAUUCGGAAGGAAUAAAAACCACAUGUAUACUAGCGUAUAUGUAUACAUUAUUUUAUACGAAUUUGUCGUCUCCAUCAAGGUAAAGUUUUCGUUUUAGAAAUUAUCUACCUAUUGCGAAUUCGGUAACUUUUUUUUUACGUUCAUAUGUUCUAUCUGCAGACGGUAAUAAUACCGUAAAAUUUUUAUGGUCUUAUAUACAUAUGUGUAUGUGUUGACGAUAAUAUGGUAUGAUAAAUCGUAGUAUUAGGUGUGGCCCUUUAAAUCUAUUUACUUACGACGUUCAUUAGUAAGUGCUAGUAAGUACCACAUUCAUCGCAGUCGAUGGGCCGUGAAUAUUUGUUGCGCGGAUCAAUCUUUCUUCCUCCCUUCAAUCAUCGGUCAAGAUCAAUGAAUUAGAGUUGUUUUACAACUAAUUUUAUCUAUGUUUGAUAAGUAUCCGAUCACGAUUUUUUUUUAUCUAAAAAUCGAGUGUACUGGUUGUCAGCGCGAGUAUAGUGUAUACAUAUACAUAUCUGUAUUAAUAGAGUACAUUUAAUUUUAUACAGUGAGUUGUAGGUAAUUAUACUUAUUGUACACAUAUGUACAUGCAUAGCAUAUAUUUCUGUAAAUAAUAAUUAUACUUAUAAUAUAACGAGAAAAAUUUAA